AUAGUCUGAUCAAUAUAUAUUUGUGUCUCUAUAAAUGGGAUCCUUUUUUCCAUUUACACAAAUUAAUCAUCAAAAUCUACUAUUCUCACUGCAAUAUUCCAGCUUUAAAUCUCACUUGAACAGAUCAAGCUUCGUAGAUUGUACAGAGUAGCUACGGAGUUGUACCUCACUAGUUCUUCUUCACACUCUGUAUAAGCCAGGAAAAUUAAAGAUGUUAUGUCUGGAUUCACGAUCUUACAUAUGUUGAUGAGAAUCGGCAUUAAUCAAUCAUGUAUCGGACUCACCAUAAAGAUCACUCAACAAUGUGGCAAAUCACAUUUUUUAAGUCUACGAAUUGGAAGCAGGAAUUCUCCGCCUUUUCUUAGCUUGGCACCUACUUUAGAACCAUCCUUUUCUAAGUAUGAAAAAGCUUCCUUAGCACCGAACAUUAGUUAAUUUGACCCUCGUACUUCGAAUCAAGCCGCAUAAAUUGAAACACAGGGAGUAUAUUCUAAUGGCUAAUCCUCAACCUCAUGUAGUCAUGCUACCUUUCCCUGCACAAGGCCAUAUCAAACCAAUGCUUAUGUUAGCCGAGGUUCUUUGCCACGCUGGAUUUCGAAUCUCAUUCGUUAACACAGACCACAUUCACAACAUCAUUGUUGAAAACAUUGACAAAUCACCAUUAAGUCAAUUCCCUGGUUUUCGCUUUUUGUCCAUUCCUGAUGGAUUACCGCCAGAGCAUCCUCGCGAUAGUUCAUCAAUCAAGGACUUAUUCACUUCUAUUAAUUCCACGGGUAAAAUCAUGUUUAGAGAUUUAAUCAUCUCGCUGUUGAGAAGAGAUGAUUUAGAGCGCGAGGAGAUUUGGCAUGCACCGUGUUGUAUUAUUGCUGAUGGGAUAAUGUCUACUUUGGCCAUUGAUGUUGAAGAAGAGCUUGAAAUGCCAGUCAUUACUUUUCGCACUUACAGCGCUACCUGUACUUGGGUUUACUUUCAUCUGGAGAAGCUUAUCGAGCAAAAGGAGAUCCCCGUGCGCGAAGGAGAUGAAGACAUAGAUCGUCUAGUAACUUGUAUCACUGAGUUGGAAAAAGUUUUGAGGCGACGAGAUCUUCCAAGUAUUUGCAGAUGUGAAGUUGAUCCUUCAAUCUUGAAAUUUUUCUUGGAACAAACCUCAAAAAUGAGGAGGGCCUCAGGUCUAAUACUCAACACUUUUGAAGACCUUGAAGCCCCUAUUAUAAGACAGCUUCAUUCAAUUUAUUCCAAAGUCUACACUAUUGGUCCACUACAGGCUCUCUUGAAAUCUCAAAUGGACGACUCACCGGUCGCUGGUGCAGCGACCGGUAGCCUGAGGCAAGAAGAUAGAACUUGCAUCGCGUGGUUGGACAAACAACCUGCGAAAUCUGUAAUAUAUGUUAGCUUUGGAAGUGUAGUGGUGAUGUCCCCUGACCAAAUCUUGGAAUUUUGGCAUGGUUUGAUUAAUAGUGGGAAACCAUUUCUAUGGGUCAUUAGACCAGACUUGGUUUUUGGUAAUGGGCCUAAUGGACUUCCAGAGGAGAUUAUGUGUCCGACUAACGAAAGGGGUUAUGUUGUGAGUUGGGCUCCACAAGAGGAAGUUUUGGCCCAUUGUGCCGUGGGAGGGUUCCUGACCCACAGUGGAUGGAACUCGACUUUGGAAAGUAUCACUGUUGGUGUGCCCAUGAUAUGUUGGCCCCUUAUUGUGGACCAAAAAGUGAAUAGUAGGUGUGUGAGUGACAUAUGGAGAGUUGGAAUUGAUAUGAAGGAUUCAUGUGAUAGAUCAACGGUUGAGAGAAUGGUUAGAGUUUUAAUGGAAGAUAAGGAUGAAGAGAUUGCAAAAUCAACUUCCAAGUUUGCUAAUUUGGCCCAAAAGAGUGUUAGGGAAGGUGGGUCGUCGUUUUGUAAUAUUAACAAGUUAAUUGAAGACAUAAGAUCAAUCCAGUCCAAGAAAGAUGACUGCAAAACCAAGUAAGUGAUAAUAAAUCUAGAAGGAGCCACUAGUCUUUUAUGGAGAUAAAAAUACAAAUAGUUUGUGCUACAUCAUGAAGCAGCCCAUGCCGAGCCAUAUAAAUUGGUAAAAUUUUUGUAUCUCCAGUAAAUCAACCGUACGUGAAAUAAAUAGGAGUACUAUUUAAUUUUGAUAUAUUUUUUUUUGUAUUUUUGUGUAUAAUUUUUAUCUGUAUGGUUAUGCAAUUUCUUUUGUGGACUUGGAACAUAGCUUUUGCUCUUGGAACUAGCUGUAGCUCAUGCCAUCAAUGCCCUUGAUCUCCUCAUCGUGUGAUUAGAUAGAACCACAAGAGAGAGGAUUUUCCUUUCCUUGAUGCCUAUAUAUGAGUGUACUUUGCAACUUG